AUGAAAACUUACAUGAUUUCUGUACAAACUGAUGAAAGCUAUGAUGAAUUAGAAGAAAAAGAAAUUCAAUGGCAUAUUUCUUCACCAGAAAAUAGCAUGAAAGAAAACGAUAGUGAAUCUUAUUUUGA